AUGCCUUCCUGGACGCACUUGAUCCGCUUCGUCGCCGAGGAAGACGGCAAAGUCCAUCUCGGACAGCUGGUCGAUACCACUGCAGACGUCGGUGAAGCCAGUCUCCGUGGCGAGAAGGUCGCGGCGUACCUCAUUGACGGCACGAUCUUUGACGGGCGCGUGACGGAGCAUGUCAUGCAUGCUAGACAGCUCCUCUCCCCCGUAACCCCAUACCAAUGCACCUACAUCCGAUGCCUAGGCCUAAACUACACGGACCACGCACAAGAAGCGAACCUACCCCUCCCGGCGGCGCCCAUCCUCUUCACCAAGCCGCGCACAGCCCUGAGCGACCCAUACCCGGCCGCCAUCAACAUCCCUAAAUGCGCGCAGGACGGAACGAGCGACUACGAGGCCGAGCUGUGCUUUGUUAUCGGGAAGAGCGGGCGCGAUAUUUCGGAGGAGGAUGCGCUGGAUUAUGUCCUGGGGUAUACGGCGUCGAAUGAUGUCUCUGCGCGCACGUUGCAGCUGCUCACGGCGCAGUGGUCGUUUUCGAAGGGGUUGGAUGGGAGUUGUCCCAUUGGCCCCGUCCUCGUCUCCAGCACGGUAAUCACUGACCCGCAAACCCUCCGCAUCCAAGCAAUCCACAACGACGCAACCGUGCAAGACGGCCACACAAAGGAUAUGAUCUUCAGCAUCCGGAAACAGAUCGCGUACCUGUCGCAGGGAACCACGCUCGAGGCAGGGACCAUCUUCCUCACGGGAACCCCGGCAGGGAUUGGGUACUUUAAGGAACCGCGGGUUGUUCUGCGGGAUGGGGAUGAGAUUAAGGUGAGGGUUGAGCGGGUGGGGACAUUAGUGAAUCGGGUGAGGUAUGAGAGUUUGUAG